AUGGCCAGAUAUUCGAAGAGAUGCGAGGGAGAGAGCGCAAGGAUCUCGUCUGAGAUCCUGGACGAAAGGGGAAUGGAUUCGAAGAAGCGAGAGGAUCUUGAGUCUUCUUGCAUAUACGGGUACUUCGAGGACGAUGAAGGGAGGUGGCAUAUCCGCUUCAACUUCGACACGGUUAAUAGCUUAUUCGAACGCAAGACGGCACUCAUGCGAGCUGCGCUGGCUCGCAAACGCUACUUUCUCACUACAGAAGAUCUGAAGCGAAUCGAGGUGAUUAAGAACUCUCGCGAUCGCAAUCGGAUCCAAGGCCCUGCCGACAACACGGAAGCUACCGCAAAAGUCGCCGAUGCCAUCAAGCGAUGGAACCAAGAUAGUGAAGGGAGGAAGAAACUGGUGAUUCCUUUGAAACACCAGUACACUCAAGACAGCUUGUCAUAUGACACGCUUCGUGGGAAGGACAUAGCGACCGUCGAGGUCUUCCUCCAAGCAGCUAAGACCUGCAACGCCCCUGCCGUCCACAUCUUCCUAGGAAUGCUACAGAAGUUCGAAGAGCGGAACGUGGACCUUGGAGAUACCGAAUUCCGCACCUCAUAUUCCCUGAGCAACAUCUACAAACUACAUGGAUAUUCAGGCGCCUACAAAAGAAUUGAAGUUGAGAGGGAGGAGCUGAUUCCUGAAACGGCUCUCGACGGCCGGGAGUGGCAAAAAGAAGAUGAGCGCUUUACCCGGAACGAAGGGAUGGUGGAAGAGCGCUGGUACCACCAUGCUGCUCUCGUGAUCUGGCCGCACGCCAGGCAUUGGGAGAUAGCUUGCACCAACGACCCAGAAACGGUUUUGAAGGUGUUCAUCCGAGAGUACUACGGCCCACGGAGCUUCAACAAUCGCUGCUUUGUGGAGCAUCUCGCGGCCCGCUUCGGUUGGAGAGCCCUGGCGCCGGCUUUCAUCGACUGGCUGGUUCGAGAGUUCGCCGGCAAUGAGUAUGCACGGAAGGAUUGCUUCCAGGUGCUGCUUCAGAUAAGCAACACCGUUUCAGAAGAGCAGACAAACACGACAAAAGAGCUCUCGACUAAGAAAGAUGAACGGGAGCUGUCCGCCAGUGCCGGGCAAAGUCAAGGAAACGGAGAAACCCUCAGAGACGAGCAAGAGAGAUUGGCUGUGAGCGGCGAGGCCUUGGCAGCAGUGGUCAGUGCCGUGUGCUCGAAGUGGUCGGAAGGAUCUUACGGACUGACUCGUCUGAUAGACCUCUUGUCCGAGGACUACUUCCAACAAGUCCUGGAUCGCUUUGGGUGGACACCCUGGACGCCCGCGAUCGACUGCCUCAUCGGACCAAGCCUUAAGUCGCUGCACUGCUGGGGCUUCGACGGCGAGGCUUUGAAGAGUUUGGUCGCGCAUUUCGUGGCCCAUCCGCGGCUCUAUGACCUAGAGAAGACUCUCGUGCCGACUCUAACGGAGCUCCGGGCCUGGCUCAAAGAACGCAAAGAGGCAACGCCCGCCUGGUUCAUGGAGCUGUGCCAAGGCUGUCUCGAAGCGCUCGAAAAGCGCUGCAGCGAACCUCCGCUGGGGGCGCGCGAUUGGGCGGCGCGUGUGGACUGCGAUUGCGGCUGCCGGCAUUGCAGGCAGCUGGUCGACUUCUGCGCAGAUCCGGUGGAGACAGAACUCCUCGCCUUUGGCGGGCUGGGUCCGGAAGCAAAGGCGCACGUGAUCGCCUCCAUCCAGCGGUAA